AUAAUUUUGUUAAUUCUCUCUGUAAAUAAUUUUGUUAAUUUUCUGUUGUAAGUAAUUUUGUCAAUUUUCUGUUGUAAAUUAUACACUUCGCCAAAUUCCACAGUAUUCCUCAAUAUUAACCCAAAUUUACCAAAUUCUGUAAAAUAUUUUUGUUCCCCAAAUUUUCUCUAAAUUAAUCAAACUUCUCUAAAUUAAUCCAAUUUCUGUAAAUUAAUCCAAUUUCUCUAAAUUAAUUUAAUUUCUGUAGAAUAAUUUAAUUUCUGUAGAAUAAUUUAAUUUCUGUAGAAUAAUUUAAUUUCUGUAGAAUAAUUUAAUUUCUGUAGGAUAAUUAAAUUUCUGUGGAAUAAUUAAAUUGUGAUAAUUUGUUGGUUUAAUUUUCUUGUAAGAUAAUGUCGUUUUCAUCGAAUUCGAGCUCGCAGACUUCAAUAAUUGAGCCUAUAAUUCAACUCAUUAAUCCCAUCGAUUUCGAAGAUUUCGGAUUCUUCGCAGUCUCAGCACAUACCGACAUCGGAAAUCGUAAGAGUCAGGAGGACCGUUUUUUGAUAGUUCCGAAUCUCGGAAAUGAUAGGCAUAAGAUCUCAUUUUUCGGUGUGUUUGAUGGUACUGUGGGUCACUUCUCCUCUGACACUAUUCAGAGGAUUAUUAUCAGACACCUGACUGAGUCUCCAGCCUGGGAUAAUCUCAUGGCUGCGCUGGACACUGGCGGGGAUAUCCCCGCCAGAGCCUCAGAAGCCGUUUUCAACAUGUACAAAAGCGCCGACGAGGAGUUACUCGCACUCUGCUCCAAACACCUACAAGACUACGCAUCAACCACAAGCGUUACCGUUCUCAUUAUCAACAACUACAUCGUCAUUGCACAUCUCGGAGACAGUAGAGUUGCGGCAUGUUAUGAGUCUGGGGAAAGAUUAACAUCGAAAUUCCUGACCAUUGAUCAUAAACCAAAUAACCCCGAAGAGAAAAUGAGAAUCAUCGCUUCGGGAGGUUCGGUUGAGUUUUUGUGUAGUCAUUCGAAUAAUCCGUUUUUGAGGGGCGGUGACUUCACCAUGAGAAAAGCCCGCGGGGAUCAACCCAUGCAACUACAAUACUCCAGAGCCUUCGGCGGUAAGGACUUGAAGAGGUACGGUUUGAGUAGUACCCCGGACAUAACAGUUUUUGAGAGAAACGACACUCACAAGUGUUUAUUACUGGCUUCCGACGGACUCUGGGAUAUCAUGUCAUCCGAAGAAGCAUUCAAAACUCUUCUCAAAGCUCAUUUUCACCAUCAGAACCCAACGAGGGUAUUGAUUGAAAAGGCCUUGUCGAAGCAGAGAUCAAGGUCUAAAAACGCAGAUAACAUCACAGCAGUCGCAGUCUUCCUCAACCUCAACAACAUCUCACACCAACUCUAAUCACACUUCAUUACACUGUCUAACGCAUUACACUGUCUAACACAUUACACUGUCUAACACAUUACACUUCAUUACACUGUCCAACGUUACGCAAUCACAUUACGCAGUAUAACACAGUUUCUAUGUAGUAUUCCGGUGAAAAACCUGAAAGUAACAUUCCAGCUGAAAAAAUUGUAAUAUUAUUCUCUUCCACUAAAUUUACAUUAAUUUAUUAUUUACAUCAA